ACAAAUCCUUACAAUUAAUUAUUAAUUUCAUUCACUAAAAUCCUCUCUCUUUCAUUCCUUAAAUACCAUCUUUCUUCUUCUCAACCCUCACCAUAAACACACAGUAGCUACGCAGCACACUCAUUCCUCCUUAGCAUAGAACACACAGAAAAAUGGCCAAAGACGUUGAGCAGGUCGCAGAGCAAGGAGAAUACUCCGCCAAGGACUACCAUGACCCACCUCCGGCGCCGUUGAUCGACGUAGAAGAGUUGACAAAGUGGUCUUUGUACAGAGCCGCCAUAGCUGAGUUCAUAGCAACCCUUCUCUUCCUUUACAUCACCGUGUUGACCAUUAUUGGCUACAAGAGACAGAGUGAUACCACCAUUAGCGGUAACACCGAAUGUGACGGCGUUGGGAUUUUGGGCAUAGCUUGGGCCUUCGGUGGCAUGAUCUUCAUCCUUGUUUACUGCACCGCCGGUAUCUCCGGAGGACACAUCAACCCUGCAGUGACAUUUGGGUUGUUCCUGGGGCGUAAGGUGUCGCUUAUAAGGGCGUUGUUGUACAUGGUAGCACAGUGUGCUGGUGCAAUCUGUGGUGCUGGGUUGGCAAAGGGGUUCCAAAAAUCUUACUACAAUAGGUAUGGAGGAGGAGUUAACCUUGUGAGCGAUGGGUACAACAAAGGAACCGCUUUGGGUGCUGAGAUUAUUGGUACCUUCGUCCUUGUUUACACUGUUUUCUCCGCCACUGAUCCUAAGAGGAGCGCUAGAGACUCUCAUGUUCCUGUGUUGGCACCACUUCCCAUUGGAUUUGCUGUGUUCAUGGUUCACUUGGGUACAAUUCCUGUCACUGGUACUGGCAUUAACCCGGCAAGGAGUUUUGGACCAGCUGUGAUCUACAACCAGGACAAAGCAUGGGACGACCAAUGGAUUUAUUGGGUUGGACCAUUUGUUGGAGCUGCGGCGGCUGCGUUUUACCAUCAAUAUAUUCUUAGAGCUGCUGCAAUCAAAGCUCUUGGAUCCUUCCGGAGCAACGCUUAAUUAAUGAAGAAGCUUCUUCACACUGGCUUUGCCUCAAUUAUGACUUGUUCUAUGUCUCCCCAAAGAAUAACAGUGCCAGUUCAAGUCUGUCUACGGGUCCCUAUUGGUGUUCCUUUUGGAUUUUCUUCUUAGCCCCUUGGGUUUUUGGGGUGAAAGCCAAAUACCGUGGGGUCUUGAAAUUGUAGAUAAGCAUGCUUAUGUCUGAGGGUGUAUUUGUAUCCCUUUUGUUUUUAGUUCUUUUUUUUUUUCAAGUAUUUCUCAUGUGUUCGUUUUUA